AUGCGUCGCAGAGCGCUGCACCGCGCCGUUCGCGCGCGCGCUGUUCGUGCGAACGGCUCGUCGGUGCUGACUCGGCGUUCGAUUCCCGCGUUCGGUGGUGGUAUCGACACCGCGCGCGAUCGAAAGCGUUCGUCCUCGUCGACGGCGGCGCGUGAAACCCUUGGGUUCGCCGCGCACGGUCUGCUCGGAGAGACCGCGGUGUUCGCGCCGCUGGAUCUUCCGUCCACGGGGGGCAGUCGAACCGCCGGUAUGGGGGGGGCGACGGGGCGGUUGAACUCGUACGCGAUCGAUGAGCUACCGACGCCUCGACAGAUGGUGCGCGUCCUGGACGAGUACAUCGUUGGCCAGGCGCACGCGAAGAAGGUGCUGUCUGUGGCGGUGUAUAAUCACUACAAACGCGUGGGGGCGGAGUCGGAGCAGCGCGCCAGGGAGGCGGCGGACUUGUCGGCGGUCGAGAGGGAACUUGAAAACGAUCGAACAGAGUCUGCGAAUUCGUUCGACGACGUAACGCUUGAAAAGUCAAACAUCAUCCUCUGUGGGCCCACCGGGAGCGGGAAGACGCUUUUGGCGAAAACUCUGGCGAAGUUUGCCAAUGUGCCGUUCGCUAUCGCGGACUCAACAACUCUCACGCAAGCCGGUUAUGUUGGCGAGGACGUGGAGUCUAUCUUGCACAAGCUGUUACAAAACGCAAAUUUUGACGUGAAUGCGGCACAGCGUGGCAUCGUCUACAUCGACGAAAUCGAUAAACUCGCCCGCAAGAGUGACACCGUGAGCGUCACCAGGGACGUCUCAGGAGAAGGAGUGCAGCAAGCGCUGCUGAAGAUGGUCGAAGGGACGGUGGUGAACGUCCCCGAAAAGGGAGGUAGAAAAAACCCAAACUCUCAGUUCGUCCCGCUGGACACAGCAAACAUUUUGUUUAUAUGUGGGGGUGCUUUCACUGGUCUUGAGAACGUCAUUCAACAGCGGCAGUCCAAGAGCUCCAUUGGGUUCGGUAAACCGGUGUCCGCUCGCGAUGAGCCGAACAGCAAAGAAGCGAUCGAAGCCGCCGCCAAGGCGAUGCAGGAGGUAGAGACCGGUGAUAUCGUCUCUUACGGAUUGAUCCCCGAGUUUGUGGGUCGCUUCCCGGUGUGCGUGCCCCUGCAAGCUCUGGGUGAGAAGGAGCUGGUGGACAUUCUCACGAAGCCCCGCGACGCGAUUGGCAAGCAAUUUCAACGUCUCAUGGAUAUGCAUGGCGUGGAACUACAGUACACCGAUGAUGCCCUCGCUCACAUCGCGAGCGCGGCUGUCAAACGCGGAACUGGAGCGCGUGGUUUGAGGACUCUGCUCGAGCGGUUGCUCACCGACGCCAUGUUUGAGGUACCUGAUGAUCCCAUGAUUUCUGAAGUCAUAAUCGACGGAGAAAGCGCCGAGGCGGGGUUGGCCAGACGCGGCGUCUCUGGCGCAAAGCUCGUUCGAUCCAAGGCGCGCAAGGCGAGCGUAAAGAAGAGCGCUUCUGAACUUACGAAUGCUGCGGAGGCUUAA